AUGAAUUUGCUAAACCGAAAGAAAUGUCCAAAGGAAAUAACACAAUGCGAGUGUCAGGCUGCAAUACGAAUCCUUCGAAUGAAAGACACAUACCUUUGGCAGUGUAAGGAAUUUGUAGCAGUUCACAAUCAUGAUUUGGUGAUGCCUUCACAAAUGCACUUUUUACGAUCAAACGGUGAGGUUCCAAAAGUAGUGGCUUCCCAUGUAAUGAGCAUGAAAAGAUGUGGAAUAAAAACUAGUUCAGCAGUAGCACACAUGGCCCUACAAUCGGGUGGUUACGAAAAUCUUCCUUUUCAACUAAGAGAUGUUUACAACAAAGUUGCCACUUUAAGAAAACUAGACAACCUACCAAGUGACUCAGAGGGUGUGCUAGCUUUCUUGGACGGUCUAUCAACAAAGGAUCCCGAUAUAUAUGUCGAGUACAAGUUAGAUGACCAAAAUCGCUUGGCAAAUCUUUUCUGGGCUGACGGAAUGAGUAGAAGGGACUACAUGCUAUUUGGUGAGGCCAUUGCAUUCAAUUCAACGUACAGGACCAACAAGUAUAAUAAGCCAUUGACAAUCGUUGUUGGCAUCAAUCAACACUUUGAGACUUGUGUGUUUGGGUGCGCAGUGAUAGUGGAUGAGACAGAGGACACAUAUUGUUGGUUCUUGAGGGUUUUCCUUGAUUGCAUGGGCAACAAAAUGUUGAAAGUAGUGCUCACUGACAAUGAUGAAAGAAUUGGAUUUGCUGUCAACAAACUUUUAAGUGAUUCUACUCAUCGACUAUGUGCAUGGAAUUUGGGAAAUAAUGCAACGAAGAACAUUAAGAUUCUUGAGUUCAACCAAGGCUUCUAUGACUUAAUAUACACCUACUACACAGAGGAAGAAUUUGAAGAAAAAAGGUCUGAGUUAUUGGCAAGGUUUGGCCUUCAAGAGAAUUCAUGGUGUCGUACUAAAUACAACACAUGA